AUGAACUUUAACAAGUGGAUUUAAAAAUAUUCACAAAACUUACUCAGAUGUGGAACUUUUGAUUUAGAUAAGUAGUUUUACCAUGAGGUAGAUUUAUGUGGUUUUUAAAACAAAAACAAACAAUCUGCAUUGGAUCCAUUUUCAGAUUAUCCUUCUGAUUUAUUGCAAUAUUAAGAGGAGUAGAAAGCUGGUAUAGCUGCUUAAAAAAAGCAGAUAUUAUCUAAAAUUUAUAGAAAAUCUGAAAUGCAAUUAAAAAACUUGGCUAGAUAUUCACAUUUUUAAAAUUCAACUUCUGAAAGCGAUUUAUCAGAUGAUAAAAAUAUAUCAUAUUAGCAUGAAUAAAGUUUUAUAACGAAAUACUUAAAGAGUGUAGAUGGCAGAGAAUAUUUGAUUAUUGGAACAUAUCACUCUCUUUAAGAAUGCUCAGUAGAAGUUAUGAAUCUUUUUAAGAAGUUUGAUCCUGAUAGUGUGGUUUUAGAAUUAUGUUAAAAUAGAUUUUAUUCUCUAAAUGAUUCUAGUGGUAAUACAAAGACUUAGCCACAUAGAGUAUAUAAUGAUUUAGAAAAAGAUCCAGAAAAUUUAUCUUUUCUUCUUAAAUCUAGUGAAUUUUAAGUUGCUUAUGAAGCAGCUUAAAGAUCAAAAAAAGGCUGUUAAAUUAUACCAGCAGAUUUAGAUUUAUACUAUAUUUAAAAUAGAACAAAAUACUUAAGAGCCUAGUGCACAUGCAAUGUUAGGCAGUUUAGAGAUAAGAACAGUCCUAUGAAAUAAGUUCUUUCGUAUUUUUUCUUUGGCUUAAUACCGUAUAUAGUCAAGAGAAUGUUUGGUUACAAAAUAGAAGUAAAUGAUUAAGUAUAGAAGAUGGAAUAAUUUUUAAGUUCAGAAUCUAGACAUUGCAUUACAAACGUUGUUUAUUAUGAGAGAGAAUACAACAUUUUAAAUUACACUUGCAACUAAUCACAGGGCUAGAAAAUAUUUACAAUAGUAGGUUACAGUCACUUGAAUUAAAUAUAUGAUAUGCUUUUAAAAAGAGAGGAAAUACUAAAAGAAUACAUUUAGAAUACAAAAGAUGAAUUUUAAUUAUUUUAAUUUAAAGAAAAUAACUUUCAAGAGAUAAAUUAUGAUAAAUUAUUUGAAAGAAAUAAAUCUGUUGAUGAAUUAUAUUCUAAAAUAGAUUAUAGCUUUAGACAAUUUGAAAGAUAACCUUAUUGUGCAAAAUUAGAGUGA